UUUGGUUUCCGCACUGUUAUAAAGUAAUAAUAUUUAAAUUACAAAAAAAAUAAUAAAGUUGAAAAUAUGGUUUUCGCUUUGGCAAUAGAACAGUAUAAAAAAAAUAAAGAAUUGAGUUCAGAUGAAAUAUCAAAAUUAUUAGAAUGGAUAAAACAACAACCUCAUUUACCUGAAGUUACAGAAUUGGAAGCAAUUUUAUUUCUGCAUUCUUGUUACUAUAGUAUGCAAUUGGCUAAACAAACUGUCGACACCUAUUUUACAAUGAGAACUCAUGUUCCAGAAUUAUUUUCCGGUAUUAAUUUUGAAAAAGAGGAUCUAAAAACAGCAAUGAAAAUUGUAUCUGUUUUUCCUAAUGAGAAAACUACACCAGAAGGACAUCGAAUUUUCUUUGGGAAAUUAGCUAAUUUUGAUGCAACACAUUUUCAUCUACCCUCAUGCUUGAAACUAUUUUUUACAACAUUCGAUUUGUCAUUGCGAGAAAAUGGUACAGCUCCAGGUCAUAUAAUUAUAUUAGAUCAUAGCGGUGUAACUUUGGGACAUGUUGCGCGCCUGGCUCCUUUAGUGUUAAAAAAAUUUAUCUAUUAUUUACAGGAUGCUUCACCUAUAAGAAUCGUUGGAUUUCAUUUUGUCAAUAUUGUACCAUUUUCAGAUAAAAUAUUGGCAUUAGUUCGACCUUUUAUGAAAAAAGAAUUAAUUGAUGUUUUACAUUUGCAUAACAAAUUAGAUGGUUUAGAUCAAUUUGUUCCUUUAGAAAUUUUACCAACAGAAUAUGGUGGUAAAGAAGGUCCUGCUGAAGAAAUGUGUGCAAGAGCUUAUCAAAAUGCAAUUAAAAAUCAAAAUUUUUUUGAAGAUUUAGAAAAACGUAAAGUAAAUGAAAAUGUAAGACCAGGAAAACCAAAAGAUGCUUCAGAUUUAUUUGGAAUAGAAGGAAGUUUUAAGCAAUUGAGUAUCGAUUGAAUUUUGGUUUCGAAUAUUUUGUGAUUUAAAUUCAAUUAUAUAUCUAGUUGUUUUAGUGAGUUUUUUUUUUUUGUUUAAAUUUGGAUCAGAGUUAUCUCUAGUAAAUAAGCAUUUAUCGAAUUUCGAUUAUUAUUUUUAUUCAGCUAUUUCAAAAAUAUGAAGUGUAACUUAGAUUCGAGGCUUUAUUAAGGAGUUCUGAAUUUCCGAUUCAUUUAUUUUAUAUAAAAAAUUAACUGAUAAAAAUCAACUGAAUUACCUUCAGUGCUCACGAUUUUUGUGAUAUUUUUUUAUUAUUAACAAGUCGCACUGUACCCACCCGGUAUUUUAGAAAGCACAAAAAUUAAUUUCCAUAGAAUGAGAACUUUUGAUAGAAUAAGAACCUAGUAGUUUCCUAAAUAUUUAAAAUUAUUUUUCAACUAUUUAUGCACUUAUCUUAAAUUCCUUACAAUAUUACAGAUUGAACUUAUUUAAACUAUGGCGCUUUCAUAUUUUCUUUGUUUAAAUACCUUGAAAUUCCAUUUGGCAUAAAAUUCAUUCUUAC